CAGAUUUUGAUCGGCCUCAUCUACAUCAGCUUCGGCAGCGUCCUGCUCAUGUUUCGGAGAGGCUACAUUGGCAUGUUGUUCAUCGAUGGAGGGAUCCCCUUCUGGGGAGGCGUGUGUUUCAUCAUCUCUGGAUCUCUCUCGGUGGCCACAGAAAAGUAUCACAGUAGUUGUCUGGUAAAAAGCAGCCUGGGGAUGAACAUCAUCAACAUCAUCGCUUCCUUCGCUGCAACUGCAAUCCUGUUGAUGGACUUUGGGGUGACCAACUGGGAUGUGGGACGGGGCUAUCUGGCUGUGCUUACCAUCUUCACUAUCCUGGAAUUCUUCAUCGCCGUUAUUGCCACCUACUUUGGGUGCCAGGCCACCCGCUCCAACACCAAUACA